CACUUCCCUCCAGUUAAAGAGACAAAGAGCAUAAAACACUUUCCCCCAGUUAAAGAGACAAAGAGCAUAAAACACUUUCCUCCAGUUAAAGAGACACAAAGCAUAAAACACUUUCCUCCAGUUAAAGAGACAAAGAGCAUAAAACACUUCCCUCCAGUUAAAGAGACACAAAGCAUAAAACACUUCCCUCUAGUUAAAGAGACAAAGAGCAUAAAACACUUCCCUCCAGUUAAAGAGACAAAAGCAUAA